AUGCAAAACCGCCUAGUAGCUUAUCGAUAUGAAUUUCCUAUUGAACUCACUGAUUUAGGUAAGGGUUUCCCUGAGAACAUACAAGAACUCACUGGUUUAGGUAAGGGAUUCCUUGAGAACAUGCUUGUCAGCAAAGAUAUGCCGAGCAACUUACAGGCACCUGCCGCCACCCCUCUGCUCGUGAUUCUAAGCGAUGAGCCACCCAAUAACAAACUAAGAUUGGGCUCAAAGUGGCAUUUACUAACGGAGUCAGGUCACGGGAACAGAACUCUGCUGCAAAUUGACUUGAAAGACCCAGCGGUGAUAGUAGAAGCUGCAGCAAUGAUUCAUGGCAGGGAAUGUUCGAAGAGAGAUAAUUCGUUUAUAAUUAGCAAACGAAUGAAGCUUCACCAACAUCUUGUGCUUGGUUGCAAUAAGGUCACAGGAAAGGCCCUUAUGCUUGAUGAAAUCAUAAAUUACGUGCAGUCAUUGCAACUGCAAGUUGAGGUUCCGCGCAAGGCAGCCCCAACAACAGGAGGGGUGAAGAAGCCCCACAGAUACAGACCUGGAACUGAUGCUCUUCAUGAAAUUCACAAGUACCAGAAGACUACUGAGCUCCUCAUCAGAAAACUCCCAUUCCAGAGACUUUCACAGAAUUUCAAGGCUGAUUUCCGGUUUCAGAGCCAGGCUGUUUUGGCCUUGCCGGAGGCAGCUGAAGCAUGCCCUGUUGGAUUGUUUGAGGAUACUAAUCUUAGUGCAAUCCAUGUCAUGCGUGUUUCUAUCAUGUCCAGGGAUGCUCAGCUUCCCAGGUGAACCCGUGGUAAAAAAAACAUAAAACCUGUGGGUUUUCACUUUAGGAUUUUUCUCUUGUUUUUUACCUUUUCUUUCGGUUUUUUGUCAUUUUUUAUCAGUAGAACAGACAAAUCUUUUAUAAGACUGAUGCGUCAGGACGUGUUUAGGGCAUAGCAUGGGUGGAGGUAUUAAAUUCUCUUUAAUCUAAUAAUGAUGGUUGUUAUUUGUCAAUGCUUUCUUUUGGUGAUUGCAGUGAACUUUUAAAUGAUAUUUUUAAAAAAUAU